AUCAAAAUACUGCGCCGAUACAAAGGCCUGGCAGGAGAGAAAUCCCAAGCCAUCUGUGACAUCAGGAUCAAGAUCGCCGCGGGAGGCACCCACUCCAGCACACCGACUGUCAACACGCCAAGCCGCGCAGCCAAGUAGCCCCUUAAGACACCCAAGAGGAAGAGAGUUUGUCCCUGGUGCCGCCCCCCGCCCGCCCGUGACAGCCUGCAGUGGUCCCGGCCUUCCCUCAGCGGUGGCGUGGUCUUGGUGUGUGCUGAGGCGGCCUCCUGGCGUCUACAUGAAGGCCUUCCUCGGCGCCUGCAGAACCUCGACCCUCGUCAUCAACCUCGUACUUGUCGCAGUGGUGGUGGUGUCCUGGGCGUACACGCUGCUGGCAGGAGCGACCAUCGCACGGCGCAUCUUGAGCACUGUCCCACGCCCUGCCUGAGUAUGGGGAAGGGCAAGGACAAAAACCUGGGGAGUCCCAAGAGGAGUGUUGACAGCCCCAAGUCACCCAAGAUGCGCGGCCGAGACUCCUCCCCGUCCAUCCGCCGUGAGCAGCUCCUGAGGACAGAGCCACUCCCCCCCAUCAGCGUCACCCCGUACCCGCUCUCCACCUCCACGGAGAUGGCCAUGGCGAUGAGCUCCGAGGCGCAGGCACUGCAGGAGAGAGUGAAGGUGCUCUCAGACAUUGUGCGGGAGCUGCAGAAGGCGCGUGAUGAGAACGUGCCCCACAUGAACAACAUCAACGCCCUCUCCGACAAGAUCAUCAACGAGGAGAAGCUGACCUCCUCCAACAGGAACAAGCUCAAGAUGAUGUACGAGCGCUGCGUCACUGACACGGAGAAGGAAGUGCAGCUGAUGAAGAAGGCGCUGAACACCGUCUACCAGAUACGCAACAUCCGACACGACCUCAGAAUUCAGGCCAAAAACUCUGGGAACAAGGAGACCAUUCGACGCGGCGCCCUCAUGAAGAUGCUGCUCAAUUGUGCCCAGACGCUCCCGCUGUGGAUUGGCAACUUUGGGGAGAAGCCGCCCCCCCUGUGUGGUGCCAUACCCCCCGAGCAGAACUAUGUGGCCAAGGUGAAUGACAUGGUGGCGUGCCUGGUGCGGGGCAGUGAGGGCGAGGACAACUGGAUCCUGGCGGAGGUGGUCAGCUACAACCAGACCACCAACAAGUACGAGGUGGAUGACAUUGACGAGGAGCAGAAGGAACGCCACACACUGAGCCGCCGGCGUGUGUACCCGCUGCCGCUGAUGAGGGCCAACCCGGAGGUGAACCCAGAGGCACUCUACCCCAAAGGAUCAAUCGUGAUGGCGCUGUACCCCCAAACCACCUGUUUCUACAAGGCCGUCAUCAACAGGCUGCCCACGCUGGCCACCGAGGAGUAUGAGGUGCUCUUUGAGGACCCAACCUACGCUGACGGGUACUCGCCCCCCCUCAUGGUGGCCCAGCGCUACGUCAUCCAGAUAAAAGACGUCAGCAAGAAGAAGUGAGGAAUAGAGGACGAGGGGAGGGAGGAGGAGGAGGAAGAGGGUGAGGAAGAUGUGGAGGAGAGAGAGGAAGGAGUGUGGUGAAAAGUUAGGAAAAUGCAAGGCAAGCAAAUGGAGAAGAAAGUGCAAAUUUGAAUAUGUUGGCAGCAGGAAGUGGAGUACUGUGAGGGAUAUCGUCAUCAACAUGUGAGAAGGUGAAAUGACAUCACAGUGUUUGUAACAGAUACACUGAGGAGGAAGGUGAUCUCAGUGACCUGUUUGAAGCAAUGAACUUCUGCUAGAUAAAGAAGCCUGAAAAUAAGCUCGUAAGUAGCAGGUUGAUGCAAGAGUAACUUAAGCCUGACUUCCGGUAAAGGAAUUCAGGAAAAAUAGAAAUGUACAGAGUUCAGCAAGAAACAGUGAAUGACAAAAUCUUCACGAGAACACGAAAGUAGAAAAUGGAUAAACCUUAACUCUUAGUGCUGUUGUUUUAACGUGUUGUGCCAAACAGUUUCAAGAACUUCCUGUUUGGACCGAAAAGAAUGACUUGAAAGGAAACGAACCUCUGGAAAAAAUAACAGUGUAUCCGAAGAGCAAAGGUGAGCCAUUUUAUCUAUUGCUUUGAUAUCAGAAAACAAAGUCACUAGGGUACAGUACACUUAUCACUGGGCUGCGGCAUCCUUCAAGUGACUGUUGCAGGAGCUAGUCAUCCUUUACAGUGUGUUCCGAGGCCGUUAGUGACAUUAAACUAUUAAAGACCAAGAUUUUGUGAAGUGAAUUAUGGUUUACCUGAGUAUUAAUAGUAUGUGUGUAAGUGUGUGUGACUGUUUGCAGCAUGCGGGAUUUGAGUUUUGCAUGUUAUAUAGUUCCUCUGUGAUGAAGGGAAGACUUGUGAGCAUGGAGUUAAAGAAAUGUAUAGUUGUCCCUUAACAUUCAUAGGGUGAAUUAACAGACCCCCCUUGCAAAUGUUAUAUUUCCAUGCAUAUUUGCUACCUCCCUUAAAAACACUCCUAGACCACUCCCUUUCUUUAUGGAACUUCAGAUAUCUGUGAAAGUGAAAACCACAAAUGUUUGGGGGCAGAUACAGCUGGAUAUUAAACUGUUUCAUGGAGGGGAACUGCCUGAACUGAAGUACAUGAGAAAUCGAUCUGCGUGGGAUAAAUACUUCCACCCAACAACCUGCCCUGGAUUCAAAGCCAGGCCCCCAAGACAUGAGGCAUACUCACUAGCUUCAAGUCAAAGGGUACUCUGUGACUUUCAGCCUUUGGGGUCUUUAUCUUCAUCUUAGGCCAUUUUUUUAUUUAUUAAUUUUUUUUAAUAAUUUUGGUCUAUGGCGCUGGUAGGUUUACUUGGUGGGGCCUGAUGGUCGCUCCCAGACUGUUGUGGCGCAGGCAAAUGUUUAUAUUGGCUCCAUCUUGUUUGGCUCAGAGCACACCUCUGAGCCUCUUUUUUAGAGAGAGAAUCUAGGGUCUGGAUCAACCCAGUGGUCUUCAGGACAGCAUGUGGGUAGUCUUAGGCCACUCGGCAGUGACAAAAAUCCCAGCUGUGGCGGCGGACAGGACUUGAACCCAUGUCCUGGACGCAGCUUGGGCACACUAACCACUCAGCCGUCGCCUUCCCUCCCUCCCAGCUAGACUUUACAUUAGUCAUAUCACACUUUCUGCUUCAUCUGUCCCGGGGCCAGUUAUUUAUUCCUUUAAUAUUUGCAAUUAAAUAAUUUAUCUUUUGGUCUCUACUGAGCAAUACUUUGCACUUAUGAACACCGACUUUGUUUCACUUUAAAGGCCCAAGUCACACAUAGACUCCAAAAGGCCUUGAGCCAAGGAGAUCCCUUUGGCUUGAUGCUAGUGUGUCCUUCUCUUGCCUCGGGGGCCCUGGUUUGAAUCCUGGGCAGAAUUCUGAGAUUUAUUAUUCUGAAUAGAUCAAUUUCUCACAUGCUUUGAGAACUGGAAACACUCUCCAUGACACCACUGUGAAAUCUCUCUGAUGAAUCCACUUGUGUAUAGUAUUUUUGUACAAUCUAUGUCUGUGUGUGUGUGUGUGUGUGUGUGUGUGUGUGUGUGUGUGUGUGCAUCCUAAUACCCAUGCUGAGUUAAAGUUUGGUCGCUGUAGUCAGUCUUAUUUUCUAAUAAAGAGGAUAAAAAUG